GUUGAAGACUGACAGAGCUUUGCGUUUGAGUAUCAUUGGAGAAAAAUUGCAAUGGUUUCAAAGUCACCUGGACCCCACUAAAAUUGAGUACACAAAGAAGGAAGCUGGUGAACUAAUUGAAAAUUAUAUGUGUCGAUUCGAUGCUGAAUUGGAGCAGAUUGAAUUACAAAACAGUAUUAAAGGUAGACAAGGCAGACAGCAUGGUUCACGGGAAACUGUCAUCAAGCAGACCAUUGAACGUGAAAGACAACUCUAUGAAGGCUAUGGAAUGGAGAUCCCAGACAUUAUGAACAGAAAGCAUCUUAAAUAUUUCAGAGAAUGGGAUGGUGAUCUGAGGAAACUGCCGAACAUCAAAAUGAAAAAGCUCUCAGCUAUGGAUGCUGCUUGCAGUAACCCUGAGGUGGCAGAUGUGGAAGCUAAAGAAGAAUCGAAUAAAGCAGAAGAGGAGGCCUAAUGAGCACCAGCUGAUUCAAGAGCUGAAAAAGCUGAAGGACAUUGUAAGAAACCUAUUUUAAUGAUCACUAGAAACAACAAUAAAUUCUAACUAUAUUUGCAAAG